UGAAUUUUUAAAUACGUGAGGUGUUAUCAAUUUUAUGAAUAUAGAUAAAAGAAAAUCCAAUAAUAAAUUGACCUUAUUCGUUUAAUUAGGUCAUCGCAAUCAAUGCAAUAAUAAAACGAGUAAAUGUAAUAAUAAAACAGGAAAAUAUGGCAGAACAAUCGUACAGUAUUGUUGAGUAUUAUGGUGAACAAGAUAGAUACAAAUGUGGUUACUGUAAAAACCCAAACACAAAUUUCAGUCAUGGCAUGGGCACACAUAUAUUGACUGUUCAAGAUUACCAAGCCCUAAUAGAUAGGGGUUGGAGAAGAUGUGGUUCUUAUUGUUAUAAAUCUAUUUUGGAACGAACGUGUUGUCCAAUGUAUACUAUUAAAUGCGAAGCAUUACAAUUUAAAAUUUCUAAAUCGCAAAAAAAAAUUUUGAAAAGAAUGACUAAAUUUUUAAAAAAUGAAUUGCAUUAUGAUGAUACUAUGGAUACAUAUGAAGGAGAUUAUCGUGAUAAUACUGAUAUUGAAGAACUUCCUACUCACAGCAAACACUUUUUAAAUGCUGACAAAGAUAUUUCUAGUAUAGAUGUGAAAUUUAUUGAUGAUGAAAUUAAUGCAAGGUUACAUCCUAGCGUAUCAGACAAAAAGAAAAAAAAAUAUGACACAGGAAUUAAAAAAAGUAAUUCUGAAAGUGUACCUAUGCCCUCAAGUCAUAACAACGAUUCUCAUGGUACAUCACAAAGUUUACAAUCGAUAGAAAUGAAUCCUACACGAGCACCUUGUAUGAAAGCGAAGCUUUUACGUAAACAACGAAAGCAACAUAAAUUAAUGACACAAGGAAAGACUCAAGAAGAAAUAGAGACUAUUUUCAAAAAAAAUAAACAAGAAAAUGAAGCUAAAAGCAUAGAGCAAUUAUUUGAUGAAAUAUACAAAGGAAACAAUAGAAGAUUAGAGAUGAAAUUAGUAAGAACAUUGUCGGAUGAAUUUAUUGAAACACUUAAAGUAAGUGCAAACCUUUUUAAAAAAUAUCAAAUGACUAUUCACGGUGAAACAGAAGAGGAGUCAGAUGAUGAAUCGUUCUUCAACUUUCUUGUAAAAAGCUCUUUACAGCCAUGGACACCGGAUGAUGGACCGCCGGAUGGAUAUGGCUCUUUUCAUGAACAAUAUUGGUUAGAUAAUGAAUUAAUUGCAGUUGGAGUGAUAGACAUUUUACCAUCUUGUGUUUCAAGUGUUUACUUUUUUUAUGAUCCAGCUUAUUCUCAUCUCUCACUUGGCACAUUUAGUUCACUUCGAGAAAUUUAUUUAACAAGACAAUUGAAUAAAGUUGCAAAAGAUUUGAAAUACUACUACAUGGGAUUUUAUAUACAUUCAUGCCCUAAAAUGCGGUAUAAGGCACGAUUGAAACCAUCAAAGCUAUUAUGUCCUGAAACUUAUAUGUGGUGUGACAUUGAACCGUGCUUAUCAAAAUUAGAUAAAGAAAAAUAUAGCAGAUUUAAUGAUGAUAUUAAUGCUAUUGAUGAAGAUGGUAGGGUUGAUAUCUGCGAGGUAUUAAUUUUGUAUGGCAACAUUGCGAUGCCGUAUAAUAUCUAUAAAACGCAAGCCCAAAACGUCACGCAGGACGAGGAAGAUGAGAUUAAAACAUACGCUAGUUUAGUUGGAAUGAAAUGUGCACAAAGAUUGUUGCUUUAUCGCUAAAGUUUAUCAAGCAUGCGAGAAAUUUUAAUUUAUAGAUAUAUUUACUUUUCAUAGAAAACAAUUAUGUAUUUGUUGUAAAUUAACAUGAAUAAUUAAUAAAUGAGAUUAAUAAAAUUAACAGCUUUAUAUAAAGCAUUUGUGAUGAUAAAUGUGCAAUAAAUUAAAUUCUUACCAAAUAAAAUUAAUUUUUGUGCUGUG